CUUUGUGACGCACUCUUUUUCUGUAGCUUUGGAUUUGUAUUACACACCAGCACCAUGUGUAAAGGGCUUGCGGACCUCCCAGCAACAUGCUUAAAAAGCGCCAAAGACAUAAAGCAUAAGAUUGGCUAUCUGCUUCAAAAGCCAGAUCCACCUCAAGAGCAGAAGGCUUUGAAGGAGAAAGAGAAGGAGAAGGCGAAGGUCACAGUGGUGAACAGAAUCCCUCCAGCUGAAAUUGAGAAAUGGAAAACUUCAUUUAACAACCUGAUCAAAAAUGAUGGCCAUGACCAUAUUUUUCUCACGCUCCAGAGCGCGCGUGCUACGUGUCCGCAGACUCCACUGGUGGCCCCUGAAGAGCUGGAGUGUUCUGCUCUGGUGGGCUUCAGGGGUCAUCAACCACUAGGGCAGUCCUCAGAGAAUCUCCCUCAGACUCAAAGCCUUGACCUUUCAUUCCUAAACCUCCUCAGCAUCCGCUCCCUCUGAAUAAUGAGAUUAGAUGCAGAUUUGAAUGUCUUCACAAUUCUAUUCUAUUCUAUUCCAUCAUAUUCUAUUAUAUCAUUUUCUAUUCUUAUUUAAUAUUUACUAUAUCGAGUCUCACUUAAAUUCUUUCCUUUCAGAUGGUCGGAGGGCUUUUGCUUCCUUUUUACAGUCUGAGUACAGUCAAGAGAACAUUGAAUUUUGGGUGGCCUGUGAGGAUUUCAAGCAGACAUCUGUGGACAAGAUGAAUCUGAAAGCUAAAAUGAUAUUUGAGCGAUACAUUGAUGCCGAUUCCCCCAGUGAGGUGAAUUUGGAUUCGGCCACCAGAGAACAGGCUAGGAAGAAUCUUGAAAGGUGUGACGCAUCGUGUUUUGAAGAGGCUCAGAGUAAGAUCUUCACCCUAAUGGAAAAAGACUCAUACAGGCGCUUCCUGAAAUCCAAACUGUUCAUGGAUCUGUCUCAACCACUGACGCACAACAAACCCUGCAGUUUAGAGAAGAAAGGAAAGCAACACAUUUCUGACCACAGUCAGUGCCUGCCUAGUUAUGCUUAAUCUGACCCUAGAUGAACAAAGUCUAUGACGAACUUUGCCAUAAUGUGAUUUCCAUUCACUUUGGCUUUGUAAUGCUUGUUCAUGUUUAUGAAUAAAAAAGGUUGUAAGCCAGAGCCAAACUAAACAUCAUUAGAUGGUUCAGCCAUUGUGAUCGUAAAACACAUUUGCCUUCAAGACCCUUGGGGUGGAACUUGUUACGCUAAAGAUAUUUCCCACUUUUAGCUUUGCAGCGAUGUUGUGACUUCUUGAGAGUACAUGGUAAUCUUCUUAAUGGGUUUUAUGCAGGCAGUGCUUUUAC